AUGGAGACAGAUGUUUUUGGUGAUGACCAUGGUCAUGAACAAGAAGAGGGAGGUGUAGCACUUGAUGAAUCUCCAAAGUCAACUGUAUUGACAAACACAAAUCAUGAUGACUUGUUUAAAGAUGAUUUCUUCCUGGCUACUCCACCUCCUCUUCAAGAAGAAGAAGAAGAAGAAGAAAAAGAACAACAUAUUAGUAAUAGUAAUAGUAAUAGUGAUAAUACACCAACACCACCUCCAUUCGAAGAUGUUGUACAACAAGUAAAUCACCAGGAUGACCAGGUACAACAACAACAACAACAACAACAAGUUGAACAAGUUGAACAAGUAGUAGUAGAAGAAGUAGACCAAGUACCAACCGAAGAACAACAAACUGUAACACUUAUAGUACAAGAAACUAUAGUUCAAGAAAAUCAAGUCUUCGAAGAAGAUAUUGUAAUUGUACCACCAAAAGAAGAAGAAGUGAUUGAACAACAAUCACCACCUCCACAUGUCGAAGAGGAAGAGGAAUCGGAAGAAGAAGAAGAAGAUAUAAAAAUUGAAUUAAUUGAUGGUAUACCAAAUAUAGUAUUGGAACAAUGGGAAAAAGAUUUUAAGAAUCUAUUGCUUACAGAGACACCAAGUCAAAUCAUUGACUUUGAAUCUGCUAUUUAUGGUCUUCCCAUUCAAUCAACAAUUCGUGGUGUAUUUUGGAAGGUGUCACUUGGUGUACUAUCAAAGACCUCGACUGACCAAUGGAUUGAACAAACCAAAAAACAACGUCAAAAAUAUGAUACUCUUAAACGUGGUUAUAUCAUCGAUCCACGUUCUACAAAGGAUGUUGUAGAUGAUCCAUUAUCUCAAAACAAAGAUAGUAUAUGGAAUCAAUUUUUUGAGAAUGAAACAACUCAAAGAGAGAUUGGACAUGAUGUUAGUAGAACGUAUCCAGAUUUGGCAUUUUUCGAAAGAAAGGAUAUCCAGGAUUGCAUGACACGUAUUUUGUUUAUCUUUUCACGUCAGUAUCCAAAGAUCAAAUACUUGCAAGGAAUGAAUGAGAUUCUUGCACCUGUGUUAUUCUCUACAUUUACCGAUUCUCAUUGGGGUGAUUUCCGUUACUCUCACAGACAGUCACCAACCAAGCGUGACAAACUCAUCGUUCCAUUCUAUCCAGAAUCUCCUGUCCCAUACAAACCCAUCGAUCACUAUGACAACACCUCUGAUUUGUCGAUUGUGUUGCGUGACCCUAGAUACUUUGAACACGACACUUACUUUAUUUUCGAUGCCUUGAUGACUCUGGUCGGACAGUGGUUCACCUCACCACCUUCGUCUCCGCUGCCACCCCCACGACUCAGUGGUAUUCGCAAAGAGUUGUAUGAUAUUUCAGAGCGUGAGGCAUCCGAUGCCGCUGCAAACAUUCAAGUUGUCAACAAGUGCCACAGCAUCUUCCAAACGUUGGGUAUUGUCGACGCACAUCUCCACGCCUACCUCAAAGACCUCAAUAUCGAACCACACCUCUAUUCAUUGCGAUGGGUUCGUAUCAUCCUGGCUCAAAUCUUCCCUCUCAACAGUCUAAUGAUUCUUUGGGAUGCCAUAUUUAAACAUGGUAUUGAAUUAUUAGAUUAUAUUUGUAUUGCUAUGAUGUUAAGUAUAAAAGAUGCAAUAAUUGGAAGAGAUUAUUCAGAUUGUUUACAAAUAUUAUUUAAUUUCCCAAUGGUGAAUGAUCCAAAGGGAACACUUCAUACGGCCUAUACGGUACAAGAGAAAUUAAAAAUGUUGUCGAGUGAGGACUUAUCAUCGAAUCUUACAAACUAUAGCAAGGAUGUGGACAGUGAGAUUAUCAACACGCACAAGCGAGUUGUUAAACCAUCUGCACAAACUAAAACACAUUACACAUUUGAUCAACAACAACAACAACAACAGCAACAAUCUUCUUCAUCAUACUCACCACCACAACAAUCACAACAACCAACCAAAAUAAUUGCUCCAACCCCACUGGCUUCAAAUGAAUCACCUGUGCCACUUACCUCUCAACCAUUGCCACAACAUCACCAUCAUCAACAACAACAAAAAAUAUUACAACAACAACAAUACCAACAACAAAAACAACAAUAUCAACAACAAAAACAACAACAACAAUAUCAAGGUCAACAACCAGUUCAGCAAAAUCAACAGAGUCAACAACAACAACAACAAUCAUCAUUUGGUAUAUUUUCAUCUAUUACAUCAACUGUAAAACAAAUGAUCAAUGAAUUGAAUGAAAUGGAUCCAUCAAGAGAAAUUGAAAAGUUGAGAGAAAAUCAAAUAUUUGCUGCCAACAAAUUAGAAAGAUUAAUUUUGGUAUUGGAUUCUAUUAAAUCAUCUGAAAAUGGAGAUAUUAUUAAAUCAGUUCAAAGUGAAAUGAAUGGUAUUCAAAAAUUGUUAAAUCCAACUGGACAAUUAUCACAACUCCAAAGAGAAAAACAACAAGAGAUUUAUAGAAACAAUGAAAUCAUUCAUAAUCAUCAAGUUAAACGCCAACAGCACCAAUCACCACAAUUCGAACAACAAGCACCAUCAGUAGUGGUAGUGCAACAACAGCCAAUUGUACAACCAAUCAUAUUACAAAAACCCGAAAAGCAACGUCCAUCGCAACCCAAAGAAUUGCAACAUUUCAAUGUACCACAAAUGCCAAUCUACGAUGAUGACUUGGUCGAGGUUUAUUCAGAAUCUAUUACACCUCCUGGCAGUAAUGGUGCAAACAAGAGUUUGAAACAUUUAGAAGAGGAUGUAUCAGAAGAGGAACUAAACUUUAUGAAAAAAUUAAACAUGAAUCUUGGAUUCAAAUAG